AUGGUUUCUCUCAAAACAUUAUCGAUAUUCCUCUCCGCUGGAAUCUUUGGUCUCCAAGCCCUGGCUGGCCCCAUCCCAAACCAAGACCUCAACCAGAUCGCGGUAUUCAAACAGAAUCGCCAUGACGAACAAAACUCUUUUCUCGACUCUCUCAAUGGUAUUCUUCGAAAGCGGUUUUCAGCUCCUAUAAUUGAUACAAGAGCCCCUCUACCAAAUUUGAAUCAUGAGGGUUCCAGCGACCAUGGCACUAGGUCGCCAGAUAAGCGGUUGGCAUCAAGAUCACUCGCAAUUGCUCCAAGAGCAGUUUCAGAAAACAUCGAAGUUCAGACUGUGACUUUUAGUCCCGAGGAGAAAACGCUUCUUCGCGAAAGGCUUCGGUCUCGUUUCCCUGGGUUUGAUGCACCGGGCUUGAGUACUAUAUCACCGCCAGGAUUUCUCGUCGUGCUAUUGAUAAUUGGUACUGUUGGUGGGGCACUGUUUAUGAUAUUUCCCGUUGGUUGGCUUUAUUAG